AAUUUCUGAUCGCUAGCGGUUACUCGAUGUGAUCCUCACCGCUGACUGAGCUUGACUUCUGCCGCCAUUGCCACCGGUGACGCUAUUUUUCCAUGGAGGGGCCGGAAGGUGAGGGGCGCUACGUAUGAAAGGCCCCACCCAUGCAGCUGGCCCAACAACACUUUUACAUCACAUCAGUUGAUAACUUUCCUCACCUCUACUACAUAUCAAGUGCUCUCACAAACACUUGCUACAAAUCUUCAAUCCCAAUUCCAUACACACAUAUACCCAUUCACAAUGCCUAGCUCCCUCGAACAGCUCAAGGCCUCCGGCACCACCGUUGUCGCCGACUCCGGUGACUUCGCUACCAUCAAGAAGUACCAGCCCCAGGAUGCGACCACCAACCCCUCGCUCAUCCUCGCCGCGUCCAAGAAGCCCGAGUACGAGAAGCUGAUCGACGCGGCCGUCGCAUACGGAAAGAAGAACGGCACCGACAUUGAGAACCAGGUCGACACUACCCUUGACAACCUGCUGGUACAGUUUGGCAAGGAAAUCCUCCAGAUUGUUCCCGGCAAGGUCUCCACAGAAGUCGAUGCGCGCUUCUCCUUCUCUACCGAAGAGUCAGUAGCGAAGGCUCUGCACAUCAUCGACCUCUACAAGGAGGUCGGUAUUGACAAGGAGCGCGUUCUCAUCAAGCUUGCGUCCACAUGGGAGGGUAUCAAGGCUGCGGAGAUCCUGCAAUCCAAGCACGGAAUCAACUGCAACUUGACCCUCAUGUUCUCCCAGGUCCAGGCCAUCGCGGCUGCCGAGGCCGGUGCUUUUCUUAUCUCUCCCUUCGUCGGUCGUAUCCUCGACUGGUACAAGGCCUCGACCAAGAAGGAGUACUCCAAGGAGGAGGACCCCGGUGUCAAGAGCGUCCAGCAAAUCUUCAACUACUACAAGAAGCACGGCUACAAGACCAUCGUCAUGGGCGCAUCUUUCCGAAGCGUCGGCGAGGUUACCGAGCUCGCUGGUUGCGACUACCUGACCAUUGCUCCCAACCUGCUCGAGGAGCUGUACAACUCACAAGACGACGUCCCCAAGAAGCUUAUCGCCGAGGAUGCCAGCAAGCUCGACAUUGAGAAGAAGAGCUACAUCAACAACGAGGCCGAGUUCCGCUUCUUCUUCAACGAGGACCAAAUGGCCGUUGAGAAGCUCCGCGAGGGUAUCUCGAAAUUCGCUGCCGAUGCCGUUACUCUCAAGGACAUUCUCCGCAAGAAGAUCCAGGCGGCAUAGAGUGUAUAAUCCGAUAACGGAGA